AGGCAUAGCCAAGCCUGACAAGACAAAGAGUUUUCCAUGGGCUAUGUAUAGAUCUGGCGUCUAUACAUCGCAUGUUCUAGCAGGAUGCCGUACAAUGAAGGAAUUCAAGAAUAACAAACGAGCUCUGGGGCCACACCACCAGCGCAGCAAGUCGACACCCAGGAGCCCUUCUGCUCACAAAAAAAGAAGUGCUCGGGGGUUGAUUUGCUUCCACCUGCUUCUCGCGGGGCAUUUCGAAGGAGCAAAGCUGCUCAACGGUCCAAUUACCAAUGACAUUGGUGUCUUUGGGGUAGGACAGGAGGCAUUUCAAAUCAUCCAAUGUGGAAGACCUUUUUGA